GGACGUUCGGCACGGGCGCGCGCAGGCCAAGUCGUUGUGUCGGCAAGUAUCGACUAGCCUUCCGUACCUGGAGUUGGAGUCGCGAAACGUCGCGCACAGCAUAUGAGGCCAUCGCGGCGCGCCCGUUUGGGCACAGCGCCGUCCCUCACUGCGCUGUCGUUUCACCACCACCAUGCCCAGAGUCGCGCACCGCGCUGCCACAACAUACGCCCCUCGCCCGUUGAUUCGAGCUGGCGUGCAUGGCAUCCAGCGCAACAACUCACUGCUGCCCAUUGCCCUCUCGACAUGCAGCGCGCCACGUCCCUCAAGCGCUGCAAUGCAACCAGAAGCUUUCCCACCCCAGUCCCAGUCCCUGUCUCACAUCUGAAGCUUAGCCCUCCCUUCAAACAUGGCCUCGCCGACCGCCCCUGCCCGCCAACACAAACGCACAUGUCUUUACUCUUGACUCGACUUGUCACAUCGGCCGCCCACGCGCGGAGGCCCAAACCGUUUUCACCGCCGGCAGCUGUUUGAGCAGCCAAGAAAUGCCGCAGAAAGCUUAGCUGUGCAUGCGAACUGUGGUCUCGCACCAGUCCCCGGCUCGAGCGCCCAUGCAUGUUCCCGGCAGUGCC